UUCGUGUGUCUCGCGCGCCCAUUUUGCUCCUCAUGGAUGGCUCCACCCAUCGCCCCAAGCGCCGUCGUCUGGAAACCCCGCCGCACCCCCAGAAUGGCUUCAUCCAUUCACCCGUAGAAUCGUCGUCGGACGAACUGGCCGCGGGCUCCGACCACGACGAGGCCGAACGCCGUCGCGCCAGCUGGAGCAUCCAGAAGGCAUACCCCCCACAACGCCCCUACCGACGAUCGCGCAGCUUCAGCGGCUCCGAAAGCCCCGACGAGCUGGCCGUCGACGCGAAGGAGUACUGGUCGGCCCGUGCCCGCGACCGCGACCGCGAGCGCCAGCGCAAUGCUUCGCCGUCCUCCGCCUCCGCGGAGCAGUCGUCCGAGCGAUACGACGACGACGACGAUGACGAUGAUCACGAGAUCGAGAACGAGAACGACGACGAUGAACCCGAGCCCAAUGUCCCCGAGCCCCCCGAGCCUGAGGACGGCGCGGAAGCAGAUGUCGAGGAGAUCGAAACCGCCGCAGACGACCCCGAUGUAGCCGUGGAUCAGACGUAUUCCGAACGCUCGUCGCCCACGCCCGUGCCGCAGCCGCCGCCACCACCCCCGAAACCGGACAAGGUCAACUAUCACCAGAAGUAUCUACUACGGGGGCACCUGCGCGGGGUAUCUGCUGUGCGGUUUUCCCCGGAUUCGACGAUGAUUGCCAGUGGAGGGGCGGACGGAGCGGUAAAGGUUUGGGAUACGGUGACGGGCAGAUUGAUUCAUACGUUCGAGGGCCAUCUCGCGGGGAUUUCGACGAUUUCGUGGAGUCCAGACGGGGCGACGAUUGCGUCGGGGUCGGAUGACAAGACCAUUCGGCUGUGGAAUGUGUUGACAGGCAAAGCGCAUCCGAUCCCCUUCGUCGGCCACCAUAAUUACGUCUACCAGAUCGCGUUUUCGCCCAAAGGCAACAUGCUCGUGAGCGGGUCCUACGACGAGGCGGUGUUCCUGUGGGAUGUGCGGUCGGCGCGGGUGAUGCGGUCGCUGCCCGCGCACUCGGACCCGGUCGGGGGCAUCGACGUCGUGUGGGACGGGACGCUGGUGGCGUCGUGCGCGACAGACGGGCUGAUUCGGAUCUGGGACACCGCGACGGGCCAGUGCCUGCGCACGCUGGUGCACGAGGACAACCCGCCGGUCACGGCGGUCAAGUUCUCGCCGAACGGCAAAUACGUGUUGGCGUGGUCGCUGGACGACUGCGUGCGACUGUGGGACUACGUGGAGGGCCGCUGCAUCAAGACCUACCAGGGCCAUGCCAACCGGAAGUACAGCCUGCAGGGCGGCUUUGGGGUGUACGGGGUGUCGGGGGCGCCGGUGCACGCGUUCGCGGUCAGCGGCAGCGAGGACGGCGCGGUGCUGUGCUGGGACGUGGUGAGCAAGCAGGUGCUGCAGCGCAUCGAGGGGCAUGCGGGGGUGGUGCUGGGGGUGGAUGCGUGCUCGAUGGGGGAAAGUCGGCUGCUGGUGAGCUGCGGGCUGGACGGGACGGUGCGGGUGUGGGAGGAGGCGACAGAGGCGACAGAGACGACUGAUGAUGCAGAGAUGGGCGAUGCCGAGGCCGCCGAUGCUACGCCUCAGACGAAUGGCCACCCCGAGACAGCCCCGGAGAAUGGCCCCGAAGCCACCGUCCCCGAAGGACCCAACGGACACGCGCAUGAACCGGAGGACACGGAGAUGGCAGAUGCCACGAUGGGCGAGGCUCCAGGGCCGGAUGGGUGAUGUAUAUUAUCUAGGGAAAAGCGAGCGGACGGACGGACGGCGUUACGGAUGUAUAAUAGACCUCUGACGAUGGAUGAUUAUAUUACUACUACCUACUGAACAGAUAGCAGAUAGCAGAUAGCAGACAGCAGAGCAGACAGCAGACAAACAUACCAAUCAUUAAU